AUGUAUCUGUUAGAAAAAAAGAAACUGGUUGAACACGAAGAAAGCAAAUUCCUUGGGGAAUGUUCUAGUACAGAUGAUUUCAGCAGUGGUGAAUUAGAUAAUAAAACGAGAAGAACAAAAAGAAGAUUAUCAUCUGAUUCUGAGAAAUCCGAGGUUUUGCCUUCCAAAGAAAAAGUCCAAAAAGUAUGUUUUAUUCACUUUAAUAAUUGGUCUUGAAUUGGUUAAGAACUUUUACCAAAGGGAAUCUAUACCAGUCUAAAUUCUUUUGGCCAUUUUGGCAAUUCUUACAUGUGCAGUACGUAGUACUACACAAAAUAUCUACAAAUGAAAUGGAGCAAACUGUACCUGUAGCCUGCGUGCAGACUAUAUAAUGACGUAUAUAGUCUGCGAAUCUGUGGCAUGAAGCUUGUAUGGUCACUAACUUUUGAACAGCCCAACAUGCUUUGCGAAUGCAAUGUCCGAUGAUUAACAUUAAUUUUGCAUAAUCAUAGUUCAACCAAUCACAAUUUGUCCCAACGCCUCUCAGGAAAUUCACAUGACCAUACAAGCUUCGUGCCACAGAUUCGCAGACUAUAUAUGUCAUUGUAUAGUCUGUGUGCAGGCUACUGUACCUGUUGACCGGCAUUAGCCCUAUUCACAUUAGAGACGGACAAGUCGUCUAGACGAACAAAUCGUCUCUCAAAAAUCGUCUUCACAAAACCUUUUAAUUUACUGUCAAGGAAUUCACAAUAAAUUUAAUGAUAUUACUGUUGUUCCAAUUGAAGUGUUCCUCAAAUAUUGAUUCAAUACAUUACCUCAGGCUGACCAAUUCAUUUCAUCAAGUUCCUCGAGAUAUUCAUACACUUCCUGUGAAAGAGCCAAUUCCAAGAAUUUGAUCAUUUCACGUCACUUCCUUUCUAUUUAUGAUUGGUUAGUUGCACAAACAACAAAGGUAAUUGGUGCAUUUAAACUAUUCAACAGGAAGUUUACAAUUAUACUAGGAAGUGUAUGAAUAUUUCGAGGAACUUGAUCAAAUGAGUUGGUCAGCCCGAGGUAAUGUAUUGAAUCAAUAUUUGAGGAACACUUCAAUUGGAGCGACAUUAACCCAUUGAGUUACAUUGCAGCCUGAUGCACCCUACUUUAGUAUUUUAUUCUGUCUAACCCCAGACGAUUUUACUAGUCAAGGGGAGAGCGCUGGCACUUAAUGGGUUAAAAACAGAUUUGGCAAAAUGGCAGAUUCUCAAGAUUGAGUUUUCACAGGUUAUUGCAAUCACAGCUCUAUUGAAUUCAAUCAGCGCACAUGUUAUAUAAUUGUUAUUUUAUAAAUACCGGUAAUGUGUUUCAAAUGCAGUAAUACAUGUCUCAGAUGAUACCAUUGUUAUGUAUAACUGGUCUAUUGAUCUGUUAUGUAUAACUGGUCUAUUGAUGUGUCUACCUUAGAAAAAGGUUGGUGAUGCAAGAUGUGCUGCCCAAAACAGGGAAUAUGAGAACAUAAUUGGCAGGAUGGGUUCGUCUUUAGAAUCUGAUGAAUCAGAAGAUGAUGAGUUGGUCCCAAAAGAGGAUUUGAAGAAAAGAAUUAAAAUUCUUGAAGAAGAGCUGAAUCAGCAAAGAACCUUGGUGAGCCGGCUGCAAAAGGCAAACCUUGCUCUUCAGACCAGUAAGUAAAGUCACUACACAAUGCUUUUCUACAGACAAAAACAUGACCAUCAACCAGUGGCAGACACCUUGCAAAAUAUUGGGGGUGCUGUUAACAAAUCCUAUAUGGCAGCAAAUUUUACAGUUUUACUUGUCAAGAAGAUGUCUUGUAGUGCUUUUCAAUUCGCAUACAAUGUGUUGCCCAUACAGAAAUUAUUGGGCACAUACACUUUCUGUUUGAAGUUGAUGCAUUGAUGAUUUAAACCUUACUGUUUGUGUAACUAAUAGCCAACUCAAUAUUUUUAACAGGCUUACCAGAAGUGAUAAAGGGAGCAAUUAAAGAUGGCUUGGCUGGUAAGAAAGAAUUCCCACUUACUCCCUACCUAAAACACAGCACCCCUUCUCCGCUGCGUAAACCACCUAAAGAAACAAACAAACCCCGAGCAAGCUGCCUAUUGCCAUUUGGCAGACCAAGCAGUAUAUCGUCUGAUGAUAAUAAUACUGAGGAUCCUGUUAGUGAAGUGAGCGUCAGUGAUGUUGAAAUUACACAAAGUCCAUCCUGCCUUGGCGAUGUACUUAAACCUUUGUCGGUAAGUAGUUUUGCGUUGUGAUAAAUAGUAAAUACACGAUGAAAUAUGUAGAAAAGCUACCAAUGAUACUCAAUAUUUUCCAGAGCGGUGUUGCAUUUUUGGAUUAUGGUUAUACUGAAUACUGACUGUUAGAUUACACCAGGCCUUAAAAUAUGUUUUUACAGGGCCAUCUGACAAAAUGUCCAAUGACUUUGAGUUUGUGUCGGACAUAUGUAUGAUGAUGUAUAUAACUCUGAAUGACACAAAUUAAUAUCAGCACAAUGUAUUCAUUCUCAACUAAAUAUUUAAUAAUUUGUGUCAUUCAUCCUUAUUUCCAAGCCAAAAUUUACUUGCUCAGUCCGACCUAUAUUUUAAGGUCUGUGAUUAUACAACUAUUCGAUUCUUUUUAUAGUUUUGCUGACCCAGUCCAGGCGGCAGAAAUCAUGAACAGCACUACUGAAAGAAAAAUGACUGGCACGUUAAUGGCGAUUUUAUUUGAAAGGAAAAUCAUAGCUGAGUCGUCAGUUACUGGCAAAGGAAAAGAAGGACGUCCACCAUUGGAUCCUGAGAAAGUCCAGUUAAUUAUAU